AUUUGGGACAGAUACUCUUUUUUCAUUGGUUAUGGUUUGUUCUGAAGUUAAGGGGAAAAACUGUUUAUUCGGUGGUUAGUAUACAUCUGUAGAAAAACAGAGAUACAAAGAUGGUGUUGGAGAGUACAAUGGUACUUGUGAAGAUGGCCAAACGGCUGAAGAAAGAGAAAGUAAAUGUUGACAUUGUGAACUUUGGUGAGGAGGAAUCUAAUACAGAGAAGCUUACAAACUUCAUCAGUACUCUAAAUGGAAAAGAUGGAACUGGUGGUUCGCAUAUUGUGACUGUUCCCCCUGGCCCGAGUCUAGCAGAUGCUCUCAUUAGUUCUCCUAUUCUUGCUGGUGAGGGAGGUGCCAUCCUGGGUCUUGGAGCUAGUGAUUUUGAAUUUGGAGUAGACCCCAGUGCAGAUCCAGAGUUGGCUCUGGCACUUAGAGUAUCAAUGGAGGAACAAAGGCAAAGACAGGAGGAAGAGGCAAGACGUGCAGCAGCUGUAUCAGCUGCUGAAGCUGGUGUUACAUCUAGUGCUGGAGAUGAUUCUGAUGAGGCCUUGUUGAAGAUGACAAUUAGCCAGCAGGGGACUGGAAGAAGUGGUAUGCCAGAUCUAAACAGCAUGUCUGAAGAGGAGCAGAUUGCCUAUGCUAUGCAGAUGUCUUUACAAGGAGCAGAAUUUGGACAGGCAGACGCUGCAGAGAUGGACACUGGUACAGCAAUGGAUACUUCAGAACCCACUAAGGAAGAAGAUGACUAUGAUGUAAUGCAGGACCCAGAAUUUUUGCAGAGUGUGCUUGAAAACUUGCCUGGUGUGGACCCUAACAAUGAAGCAAUCCGUAAUGCCAUGGGGUCACUGGCAUCACAAGCAUCAAAGGACACCAAGAAAGACAAGAAGGAAGAGGAAAAGAAAUGAAUGGAUACAACAGUCAGACCGUUAUACAUCCAUUUAUAUUGUGAUGCAUGCAGUACAGUGAAUUCUGCUCUGCUGUUGAUACAUCUAUACAUAAUACUAGCUACAGUAUUGUUACUGUGGAAAAAAUGGGGACUUUUUUCAUGAUUAACUGUUAAUAAAAACCACAGAAAUGAA